AUGGACGGACCUCGCGACCUACUCUUGGACUCUGACGAGGGCGUUGCUGGCUCCAGGAUCACUGGUGCCAUCAGGGGCUUCUUUGAAAGCAUUGCUGGCUCUGGCACGGAUCCCUCCAAUCCAGUUAUCAAUGGAGCUUCAGUCCAGGCAAGGCCUUUCCUGGCCAGACUGCUCGCCGAUGUUGCGUCUCAAGCACCUCGCCUAGGUGAGAAUAUUGGCCUCAUUCAUUCUCUGGUCGAUACCACUCUUUUUGACGGCGGCCUCGUGGAUGAUCGUCAAUAUCAGAUGGAGAAGGUCCUGAAGCUGGCAGCCUCAUUGCCCGCAGGGUCGCAAGCACUCGAUACCUUAACCGCCCAGUUCAUCAAAUUGCUUUGGGAGACUCUUGAGCAUCCACCACUGUCGUAUCAGGGCGAUGAGUUCAAGUAUCGCACUGCGGAUGGCUCCAACAACAACAUAAUGUAUCCGCACCUCGGUAAAGCUGGCUCCUCUUAUGCUAGGACUGUUACACCACAGACCUUGAAGCCAGGAGUCCUUCCUGAUCCUGGGGUCAUCUUUGAUGCUGUCUUUGCCAGAGGCGAGAAAGCCAGGGAGCACCCAAACAAGCUUUCGAGUAUGCUGUUCUAUCUCGCUAGCAUCAUCAUCCAUGACUGUUUCCAUACCAACGAGCGCGACUAUUCGACUGUCAAAACAUCCUCCUAUCUGGACCUGGCACCCCUCUACGGCAGCAGCGAAGAAGCCCAGAGCAAGAUUCGAACGUUCAAAGAUGGUCUGCUGAAGCCAGACACGUUUUCCGAGAACCGUAUCCUGGGAUUUCCGCCAGGUGUCUGUGCCAUCGUGAUCUGCUUCAACCGGUUCCACAACUACGUUGCAAUGCAGUUGAAGGAAAUCAACGAAGGGGGCCGCUUCAAGAUACCUAGGGAUGAGAACGACAGCAAAGGCAUUGCUAAGCUGGACAACGAUCUCUUUCAGACAGCUCGCCUGAUCACGUGCGGCUUGUACGUCAACAUCAUCCUAAACGACUAUGUGAGGACGAUCCUCAAUCUCAACCGGGCUGAUACCGCGUGGACCCUUGAUCCUCGCAAGAACUUUGGUGACGUCUUCGAUCAGGCUGGGGUGCCCAGCGGUGUUGGGAACCAAGUCAGCGUGGAAUUCAAUCUCGUGUACAGAUGGCACUCGGCUAUCAGUGUCAAGGACGAGAAAUGGACCAAUGAGCUCUACCAAUCUCUGUUCCCAGACAAAGACAUUUCCACUGUGACGGAGGCCGAACUAUUCAAAGCGCUGGCCCAAUGGCUGGGUAAGCUGGAUGCCGACCCGUCCAAAUGGGAACUCGACUCUGGCAAAUACAAGCGGACUGAACGAGGCACUUUCCGAGAUGAAGACCUGAUCAACAUCCUCAGCGACGCAACCGAAGAUGUAGCCUGUGCCUUUGGCCCACGCAACGUGCCUGUCGUGAUGAGGCUGAUCGAGACUUUGGGCAUGAAGCAAGCUCGAGCAUGGAAUGUAGCGACACUGAACGAAUUCCGCAAGUUCUUCAAACUCCAGCCCCACAAAAGCUUCUCGGAUAUCAGCAAGGACGAAGACGUGGCUCGUUCGUUGCAGGCACUCUAUCAUCAUCCGGACUACGUCGAGCUGUAUCCCGGCUUGGUGGCAGAAGAUGCAAAGGACCCCUUGGACCCAGGCUCUGGCUUGUGUCCCGGAUACUCCGUCUCACGGACGAUUCUUGCUGAUGCGGUUGCCUUGACUCGAGGUGACAGGUUCUAUACAGUCGAUUAUACGCCGGCCAACCUGACCAACUGGGGCUGGUCGGCGGUCAAGUCGGAUCCCGACGUCGCCCAGGGUGGAUGCUUCUACAUCCUGCUCAUGCGAGCCCUUCCGUUGUACUAUCGCGGGAACUCCGUCUAUGCCAUGUUCCCGUUCACAGUCCCCGAAGAGAACCGAAAGAUCAUGAAGAAGCUCGGCAAGGAGCAGGACUAUAACUUCGAGCGGCCGUCAUACGCUGGCGUGCCAACCUCGGUCAGGUCAUGGAAAGCUGUGACUAAGGUAUUGAACGACAAAAAGUCCUUCAAUGUCCCCUGGGGCCAGCAUACCUAUUAUCUCACCGGCCAUGACUACAUGUUGAGCGGUGACAGCGAAGCCAACGCCGCUCAACGCAAAGAGGUUCAGCACGCCAUGUACUGCCCGGUCAAUGGCCUGGAACAGGUGCAGAAGUUUUACGAGGACCUGACUACGCAGCUCGUUGUAGCACGUUCCGAACGGCUCCGCGGUGAAUGGUAUCAGCUCGAUGCCUGCCGCGACGUGGCCAACCCGUCGCAUGCGAUCUUCGUUGCCCGCAUGUUCCACCUCCCACUCAAGAAGCAUGGCGAUCUGAAUCCGGUCGCGAUUGAAGUCGACCAACUAUACCUUGGCCUGGCCAUACUGUUUGCUUAUGUCUUCCUGGACGGCGACGCGGCGAGCUCCUUCAAGCUGCGCUCGUCCGCGAAAACAGCCACGGACGGACUGGCCAAGCUGAUCGGGAUCGUCUGUAAGGCCGUCAAGGCCGGCAGCAUGCUCCACCUCGGCGAGCUGUUCCCGACGGGCAAGGCGGGCCAACUCCUCGAAGACUACGGCGUGAAUUUCCUCAAACGGCUAUUCGAAGGCGGCAAGAAGGUCGACGAGGUCGUCUGGGCCAUCAUCCCCACCGCAGCCGCUGCCGUAGCGACCCAAGCACAACACUUCACGCAGAUGCUGGACAUCUAUCUGUCCGACGAGUACUACAAUGCUCAUUGGGCCGAGAUCCAGAGGUGUGCAUGGUCCGACGACCCAGCAGACUUUGACAAGCUGAAAGGCUACGCUCUCGAAGCCAAUCGUCUGGCCCCUGCGGCGUUCGGUCUGCUUCGCAAGUCCAACAUCGACACCGUCAUUGACGACAACGGCACCAAGGUGGACAUCAAAACCGGCGACCAGAUCUACACGGACUUCAUCAGCGCCGGCUUGGACGAGACUGUAUUCCCAGAUCCCAAGAAGAUCGACCCAACCCGUGAUCGGUCCUUGUAUAUACACCACGGAUACGGCCCACAUUCUUGUCUCGGCCGACCGAUCGUGGAGAUCGCCAUGGCAGCGCAGCUGAAGGUGUUUGCCAGAUUGAAGAACUUGCGCCGUGCACCGGGUCUCCAAGGCGAGUUGAAGAAGACCGUCCCUUCGCCGAAUCCUACCAGCAGUGAUCCGAAGCCCAGCCCGGGCAGUAUCUCGGUGUAUAUGCUUGAAGACUGGAGUUCAUGGUUCCCCUUCCCGACCAGUCUCAAAGUCCAUCAUGAAGGUUUGGCCCGGGAACAACCCGAGCAACUCUCGGGUAAGACUGGCGUGCCUGGAAUCCAGGAGGAGAUCAAGGACAGUGACAUGACAGAAGCCACGAACGGAGUGAAUGGGCAUCACUAG